AUGUUGCCCACCGAGAUUCCAGGAGUGUGUUUCACCUCGAGCGACCACACUGAGGCAAGGAGAGAAGGCAUGAAAACGGAGGAGAACCAAGCAUCGUGUCUGCAGCAGCCUCCAUCCUCAACACAUUUUGUCGGUCCAGAGUACUCGGGCGGAGGCGGCGAGGUGUGCGCGGGCUGCGCGUCGCCGAUCGCCGACCGAUUCCUGCUGCGCGUCAACGAGCGCUCGUGGCACGAGUCGUGCGUUAAGUGCACGGUUUGCAUGAGCGCGCUCACCGGAACCUGCUACUGUCGGGACCGAUUGCUCUACUGCAAGCCCGACUAUGAAAAGCUGUUCGUGAGGAAGUGCAGCGCCUGCCUGCAGGUGAUCGGUCGCUCUGAGCUGAUCAUGCGCGUGCUGGGACAGGUGUACCACCUGGGCUGCUUCAGCUGCUGCGAGUGCGAACGCCGGCUGCAGCGGGGCGAUGAGUUUGUGCUGAAGGAAGGCCAGCUGCUCUGCCGGAUGGACUACGAAAAGGAGAGGGAGAUGCUUGCCGCCAUCAGUCCCACACCAACAGAAUCGGUGAAAAGCGAGGAUGAAGACGGUGGCGGGGGGAAAGGCAGCGAUGAGGGCAAGGAGCACAAGCGCUCCAAGCGACCUCGUACCAUCUUGACCACGCAGCAGCGCCGGGCGUUCAAAGCGUCUUUCGAAGUGUCAGCCAAGCCUUGCCGUAAGGUGAGAGAGACGCUGGCUGCCGAGACGGGCCUCACAGUGCGGGUUGUGCAAGUGUGGUUUCAAAACCAGAGAGCCAAGAUGAAGAAGAUUGCUCGGAGACAGCAGCAACAGCAACAACAACAACAGGAACAGGAACAGCUGGGAGGGGCAAGGAGGGGUGCUGGUCGAGGGGGACGCCAAAGCAACGAUGACAGUGAGGACGGCUCUAGCGGUCACGGCAUGGACGGCAUGCUGGGAUACCCUUCUCUGCCUCGUCAGCAGCUACUCACGCUGGACCCCAACAUUUACGGAGGGGAUCCUUUUCGACACGGGCUUACUCCACCUCAGUUGAACAGCGAGCAGCUCCACCCAUACGAUUCAGAGACGGUGUUCCAUGAUCUGGACAGCGACGGCAGCCUGGGUCACCUGGGCGACUGCCUCCUAGCAGCCGGCGAAGGCGGCCUCCUGACAGCGCGAGUGGGGAAUCCCAUCGACCGCCUCUACUCCAUGCAAAACUCCUACUUCACUUCGUGA